UAUUACGUAAAUAUGAGUUUUAAAUUUGAUUAGUCAUCAUUGUUACUUGACUUGUUUUCUUUGACAAAUCAAGAUAUAGUUUAGGCUAUACCUAAGUAGUUAUUGAUAUUAUGAUAGGGUGAAUAAAAAGCAAAACACCCACAACACCUUUACAGUCAACCUAGUAGCCUGAUUGUAUAAUAUUUCAUAACACGCAUAACUUGAAUGCUCAAAAAUAUUUAAGUAUAAAAUUAAUUAACGAAAAAACAUUUAAAUAAUGAUUUCUAUAAAUGAAAGCUUGAUGAAAGAGUUUGGUUUUUGGGGAUCAAUAUUAAUAAUAAAAACAUUAUUCAUGUCAUUAUUAACAGUUAGUCAACGUGCUGUUAGAAAGGUUGUUGCAAAUCCAGAGGAUGUAUUAGUAUCAGGAUUACGUUGUGAUGUUGAUGAAAAUGUUGAAAGAGUAAGAAGAGCACAUAGAAAUGACAUGGAAAAUAUUUUUCCUUGGUUUAUUAUAACAGCAAUUUGGCUAACAACUGGUCCAUGUUCUGUUGUAUCACCUUGGUUGAUAAGAACAUUUGUUAUUGCCAGAAUAUUUCAUACAAUUUUUUAUGCAAUGUUGGCUAAACAACCAUACAGAGCUAUCUUAUGGCUAACUGGUUAUGGAAUAACAAUAUAUGAAGCAACUAUGACAUUGAUUUAUUAUUGUUAUUGAUUAUUUAAGUAACAAUAACAAUAGCAAUCUUAUGUUACAAUAAACAAUAGCUGAUAUGGUCAUUGAAUUAUUCCAACUCACUUAUAUUUAUCACUGAAAUUUAAUUAUUAAAUUAAGUUAAAGAAAAAUUA